AACAUUUUCGACUCCCCAUGGUUUGACGCAACAUGUCAAUGCUAUACAUCAGAGAAGGUUAGAAAUUUCCCAAUCUAUUCAACAAAGACCUCAACAAUUACAGCACUCGCAAGGUUUGCAAGCAAUUUCAAGACUGAAACGUAAUGAAAAUUUGUGGAGCAUGCCUAUUAUAAGGACGUCAAGAACAAUUCCAUCAACCACAUAUGCAGAAAAUCCUAAGGAAAUAGAAGAUGUAGUAUUUGAAGAAAAUAUUAGCAACUUAGAUGUUAUAAGCAAUAUUGAAGAUAACACAACAUCACAAAAUGAACCACGUUAUUGUCUCCGAAAUUUAUCAAAUAAAAUAGAACACGUCGAUCAAGAAAUGAUAGCAGAUACAUCAGAUAAAGAAAUAUCAGAUGAAGAAUUGCCA